CUGCAGGUCUCCUUCUUUCCCCUUCAAGGUUUUAGCUCGGCUUGGCUAGGAAGGAGCUUUUCCGUCUCGUUUCCUGCCAGCUCCCUUUGGACAGGGGCACCGCAGCUCACAGCCCCUUCCCCUGCCAUGAUCCACGACUGCAGCCAGUGGGGCUGAGCAGGGAAGCGGAGGAAAGGCUGCUGAGGAUGGAGGAUUCGGGAGAAAACGCAGGGCAGAAGAAGAGCUGAGCACAGAGCGUGCCUGGCAGCCUGCCUGGAUGCGCUGCCUCUCCGCUCCCUCCCGGUCACAGCCUUCCCGUGGGGUUCACUCAGCGGCACCAGCGCCUUACAGGCUGCUUCUUCCCUGCUCUCUUGCAGGCUUGCCUCCCUCCGCCGCACCAAGAUGACCUUCUGCUACCAGACCCAGUGCCAGGAGCCCUGCUACGCUCCCUGCGGCUACGGCACCGUCUACAGCUACCGGAGCUACGACUGCGGCAGCCCCUGCGGCUUCCGCGGCUACGGCUCCGUGUGCGGCUACCGCGACUGGUGCCCGUCCUACAGCUCCCGCUACUGCCUGCCGUCCUCCUGCUCCAGCGGCCGCUACGGCUACGGCAGCUGCUACCCCUGCUACCGCUGCUGAGCCCCUGCCGAGCCGCUGUCGCCCCCGCUGAGCCCCUGCCGAGCCCCUGCCGAGCCCCCGCUGAGCCCCCGCUGAGCCC